AUGAGAGCUAUAUUAAAGCCAGCGCGUAUCAUAAAAGCUUUAAAUGUAGUAUAUCAAGUUUUUCUUUUCUUUAUUAAAAAAAAAGUAGCUAGAGAAGUAAUAUUAACAAAAUGUGUGAAAAGCCAAAUAAAGAAAGAUGAUGAUAUAACCAUGAUAAAAAGUCAUCUGGGAAAACAGUUGCACAACAAGAAGCCGAGAUCUAUAUGGUACUUUGCGACAAGCGCUUCAACUUCAAAAUCUGUAGUUGAUGUAGUUACAGCAGUGGUAGAUGAAAACCAGUUUUCUCCCAGUGUUGAAUGUGAGAAGUAUGAACGACACACUAGGAUCGCUAUGAGUGGCUAA